GCUGCCAGUGCCCUCGCCACACCGUCCUUGUCUACACAGUCCGCCCGAUGUCGUGCAGACGAACAACUAUUGGCUGCUGUCUUGCCCGAUCGGUUUCGCGGUGCGAUUCUGGAUCUGCGCGAUCAGGCCACAACACGAAAAAGCGGUAGCAGUCAAGGUGCAUCUAUUGAAUCGGAACAAAACUAUCCCCAGUGGCGUCGAGUGUGUCGUCCCAUGGAACUUUCCUGUCAUUUGUAUACUGUCUUUCAGAAAUUCAUAGAAGUAUGGGUCAACUCUGAUUUCAUCUAUGUCAGUUGUUCUGAUCCUUUGGCUGCAGUUUGUACCAGCACCCGUGGAGCCACAAAAAAUGUGAAUAGCUCAUUCCCUGUGAUCAAUCCGACUUCGUUGAGCGAUUCUAUCAGCGUGCUUGCUGCUGCUGCCCUCGGUCCGUCUGGAUUACCGGGCUCUUCUUCGUCGUCGACACUAACUAGCCUUGGUGCCGGUCAGUUCACACGCGAAGUGGACAACAGUAGCGGCUCGGAACGAACAAUUCUCACAUUCGAACCUGCCCCACCACAAUCACUGUUCGACUCAGAUACUGUUGUGCCUGUCGGAUCAACCGGGAAUUCAUCGAAUCGUCUGUCUACGACCGGCCUGAAUGUUACCGGUAGUCAUUCGGCCGGGAAUUUGCGACGAACAGCUGCUUGGCUUUCCUUAGUUCGUGAAGCGCUUGCGGCUGCAGUAGCCGGUGCCACUGCUUUGGAUGCGCGUGAUGCGUUCGCUCAACAACAACUACAACAGGAGCAGUGUUUGCUCGCCCAGAAGUACAAAGAUUUGCGUGGACAGGGUUUGAACAAUCCAGGCGAAUCGGCCCCCGUACGCGAGGAAGCUAAACUACGUGGUUCGUUUGUACUCGUACACAGUCGUAAAGGAUUGGAUCGAGCCCUCGUGGUGGCCAGUCUGAUUCGUAUCAUUCUUGAUCCAUCCUCGAGAACAAUGAACGGAUUUCAAAACCUGAUCGAGCAUAUUUGGAUUCGUUUGGGUCAUCCGUUUUCCGAGCGUCUUCGAUCCGCGGCUUUUGUUCCACGCACAUUCACCGAACUGGCUCCGGUGUUCAUUCUGUUCCUCGACUGUGUCUGGCAACUUUGGAGACAGUACCCGACUUGCUUUGAAUUCACCGAAGAACUUCUGUGCUUUUUGGCCAAUCAUGCCUAUUGUUCCGAGUUCGGCACAUUCCUCGGAAACUCAAUGAAAGAUCGAGCCCGGUUGAAUACGGCACAAAAGACUGUUUCUCUGUGGUCCUACCUUAAUCAACCCACGCUGCGGAGACACUUCAAGAAUCCGCUCUACGUCGGUGAAGAAUCUGUGGAGAAUUAUGCCUGUUGGCCGUGUCUCGCACCUCAAGCAUUGGCUGUCUGGCGGGAGUUGUAUCAGCGUCAGGUGAUUUCGGAUCCGGAAACACUGUGGAAUCGUCCCCGUCGAUUGACCCGUUUGCUUGUGGAUAAUUUCCACGCGGAGUGCAAAAAAGUAUCUCAAUUGAAAAAGUACGUUUGUUAA